AUGGACAACUUAAAUACUAGAGUUGUUGAUGUGGAGAAGUUCACAAGAGAUUUGAAGAUGGAACCUUCGGAAAAUGAGAACAUACUUGGUGAUGAGAUGGAAGGAAACAAGGAACAAGAAACAACUGGUGAUGAUACUUACGAAUCCGUAAGCAUGCCUAUAGGGACUAACACUAACACGAGUAACGAACAACCACAAAAAAGCUUUAUAUAUGUGCCAUCUCCACACACGGCCGAAGCAUUGUCACAAGCUAUGAUGAAGUGUCUUCUCGAUUGGAAUGUAGACAACAAGUUGUCAACUUUGACUCUUGACAAUUGCUCGACAAAUGACGCAAUAAUCGACAAGCUUUUAGUUGGGAGAGCUAUUGAAAAUGUUAGGGAUAGUGUUGCAUUUUGGACAAACUCUCCUAAGAGAGUACAAGAAUUUAAACUAUGUGCACGACAAUUAAGUGUAAAUUGUGAAAAGGAAUUAGUUCUUGAUUGCAAGACAAGGUGGAAUUCGGUAUAUCUUAUGUUAAAUGUUGUUUUGGAGUAUAAGGAUGUCUUUAGUCGUUUGAGCAAGAAGGAGAGAAGUUAUGUUUGCUUGCCUAGUGAAGAUGAAUGGGCAAUGACGUCAAUUGUUUGUGAAAAGUUAAAGUUAUUUUAUCGUGUGACUGAAAAGUUUUCAAAAACAUUAUAUCCUACGUCAAACAUCUUUUUCUCAUUGAUUUGUGAAAUUAAAGUGUCUUUGUUGAGUUGGAAAAAUCCUGAUCACGAUGCUAUUAGGCAAAUGGCAUCAUUAAUGUUGAUCAAGUUCAACAAAUAUUGGAGCGUCAUACACGAGGUUAUGAGUGUAGCAAUUGUGUUAGAUCUUAGAUAUAAGUUGAAGUUAAUAAAUUAUUUCUUUCCAAAAAUCUAUGGUGGUGAGGCAAAAAAGUAUAAGAAGAAGUAUGCCGACAAACUUUCACAAAAAGGACAAUCAACCGCUAGUUCCUUAGAUGUAGAUGAUUUCACUACUGACAGACCUACAUGGGAGAUGGAUUUUGAGUCUAUUAUGUGUGAUGAUGAUGUCAUGAAAACAAGUGAAUUGGAUGAUUAUUUGGCCGAAAAAUUGUCACCUAAUGAAGAAGGCUUUGACAUCUUAAUGUGGAGGAAAUGCAAUGGCUCCAAGUUUCCUAUGCUUCAAAGAAUUGCAAAAGACGUUUUAGCCAUACCAAUUUCUAUGGUAGCUUCUGAAUCCGCUUUUAACAUGAGCGAUAAAAAACAUGGAGAGCCUCAAGCAUUUGAUGAAACAGUCACAUAUGAUGCGGAUGUCGAGUAA